AUGGCUUCGAGCGCAGCUUCACUCUUGUUACGGCAAUACAGAGAGUUAACGGACCCUAAGAAGGGAUUACCGGGAUUCCACAUCGAGCUAGAGGAUGACAACAUCUUUGUGUGGAACAUCGGCGUGAUGGUAUUGGACAAGGACUCUGCGUACUAUGGCGGCUACUUCAGGGCCCAGAUGAAGUUCCCUCCUGAUUUCCCCUUCUCUCCGCCGUCGUUUAGAUUCACACCGGCCAUCUACCAUCCAAACGUCUACAGGGAUGGCCGUCUCUGUAUAUCCAUCCUCCACAGAUCGGGCGACCCAACGUCUGACGAGCCAGACGCAGAGACGUGGUCUCCAGCGCAGAGCGUAGAGACGGUGUUGAUCUCGAUAGUGUCACUCUUGGAGGACCCAAACCCUCUCUCACCUGCAAACGUCGAUGCCGCUGUGGAUUUCAGAUCAAGACCUGACGAAUACAAGAAGAAGGUACAGUUUGAAGUGGAGAGAUCGAAACAGGAUAUUCCUGCGGGAUUUGUGAUGCCUACUGAAGAGGACGCCUACUUGAGUGCCUCAGCCCCUCCAGUUGAAGAGGAUGUUGUUGAUGAGAACUUUUGGUACGAUUCGGAAGAAGAUGAGGAUGAUGACGAGAGCUACGAUGACGAUAGCAUCAUGGAUGACGUUGAUAACGAGGAGGAUGAAGAGGCGGAAGCGGAAGCCGAUAUGGAACACUCUCAAAAGUGA